UAAAUGACAUGCAAAGAGUGUGGUCAAUAAAGUCAAAGUACCGAUGACGGAUCGACCUUUUUUUAAUUGAAUUUACUUGUAUGGCUUUCGUAUAAUCUUAAAUUUGUGAAUAAACAAAGAAAAACAAUGUCAGAAGCUCAGCAAGUAGGCAACAGCAAUUUGCAAAAGCAAGACUUAGCCCUAUUGGAUGUAACCAAAUUGCAUCCAUUGUCUCCUGAAGUCAUUUCACGACAAGCGACGGUAAACUUGGGCACAAUCGGACAUGUAGCUCAUGGUAAAUCAACGAUUGUCAAAGCUAUAUCGGGAGUUCAUACCGUUCGUUUCAAGAACGAAUUGGAGAGGAACAUUACAAUCAAAUUGGGAGAGAAGGAUAAGAAUACUAUUCCGGCCGACGAUAACAAAUCCAAUUCGUCCCAUGACCGAGACAAUGUACACAACAACGGUUCGGUGAUAAUUUCGAAAACUAAUUGCGAGAAAAAUUCAAUGACCAAACAAGUGCGUAAACAAUUGACCAUGCUGGACUACUGUAAAUCGGCCAAGUCAAAUCAAACAAAUGAAAGUGCACCGCCGCCCAGUGCAGAGAACCAUCAGACGACGGAAACAAUGUCCACAUCACUAAAAGCUUUAGCGUCAACUGACGAAACGUCCGUAGACAACGGAACCGGUAGAGAAUCACCCGCAAUGUCAUCUAUAAAUGCAGUUAAGUCGCGAAAGCGAACUCACGUAAAACUUGGCUCAGCUUCACCGGUUGAAGUUCCGACUAAGUUGCAAAAAAAGCAACAGAAUCAUCGAAGCUCAAUAGAUAAUAAAAGGAAAAUUGUAAAGGCAUCGUCUCGACAGUCACUCAACAAGAAACCUGGCAAAAAUGGAUUGACCAAAGACUUACCAGUUAAAGAACAAGAAGAAGGAGAGGAGGGUACCUAUGCUGUUGAGAAAGUGAUUGGUAUCGAUGCUAUCGACAACAUUGCCCACUUUCAUAUUAAGUGGAAAGGUUACUCAGCUUCAGAGAACACAUGGGAACCACUGUCAAAUCUCAGCAAUUGUGCCGCCCUCAUAACGAAAUUCUUGAUCAAUGAAAUUGAAGCCAGACAUACAGCCAUCGACGCUAUGUUGCUGGAGUUGAAUGCGGAGAACAAAGACGUUUUGACUGACGAAGAGGCACUUCAAAAGCUGAAACAUUUCGAUUCAAUCUUUGUGAUGACACAGGUGGUGUUAUUAGCAAUACUUAAAGAUGGCAAUGAUAACGACACGUACAUUGCGCUUCACAACAAAUUGAAAGAAAGCCCUGACACCAUUUUGCUGCCAUUUUUGAAUAGACGUAACGAGCAGUUGAAAGAUCUGGAACAGUGGCAGAAUGAUAUCAACAAAUGGGACAAGUCCAGUCAAAUAACGGUCGAGAAUAAUGUGGAUUUCGAGAUGGCACCCAGCACAUUCAAAUACAUAAACGACUGUGUUGCCGGCGAAGGUGUGACAAUACUUGACGAUCCAUUGAUUGGAUGCGAGUGUCAAAAUGGUUGCUCGUUGAAAUCGAAUUGCUGUGGAAAGCAGCUGGGCUCCGAAUACGCAUACACAUCGGUUCGAUCCAUUCGACUUCCGCAGGGUAACGCCGUUUUCGAAUGCAACAAACUGUGCAAAUGCGGACCGGAAUGUACGAAUCGUGUGGUGCAGCAGGGCCGAAAACAUUCACUCACAAUAUUCAAGACAUCGAACGGCCGUGGAUGGGGCGUCCGUACCGAUCGAGUCAUAGCGAAGGGCCAGUACAUAUGCGAAUAUGUUGGCGAAAUAAUAACGAACAAAGAGGCCGAAGCUCGUGGACACAUUUACGAUGCCGAGAAGAGAACGUACCUGUUCGAUCUGGACUGUAACAGCAUCGUGGAGAACAAGGAAAAUUUGUAUACCAUUGACGCGUGCAGAAUGGGUAAUGUGUCGCGAAUGAUCAAUCAUUCCUGUGAUCCGAACAUCGGGACGUGGUCGGUGUGGAUCAAUUGCUUGGAUUUGGAUAUACCGAAGAUAUGUUUCUAUGCUCUGAGGCGAAUCGAGGCUGGCGAGGAGCUGUCGUUCGACUACUUGAAUUUUUCGGUUCACAAUGUUGACGAUCAAAAGAAUGACGAGCAGUCGCUGCUAAAUGUGAAAACCAAUUUUGAGUGUAAAUGUAAUUCGGCGAAGUGUAGGAAAUAUAUUUUCGAUCCGAGCUUGUUGAAUCCUGUGAACUAGAAUGACAUUUUCAUCGAAGAAAUAAAUUCCGAUGCGAACGUU